AUGGCAUCCGCACCAGUAGUCCGACAGGCAUCUUCCACAGAUGUUCCCCAGAUCUUAAGGUUCAUUUGCGAAGGUGGAGAAGAACAAGCUCCCGGAACUCAUAUCUCAGCGACCGAGGAGAUGCUGUUGAAGACGUUGUACCUUUCGGACGUAUCAGGCAACAAGCCUCGCUUCGGUAGACCGCUUCUCAUCUUCUCACCCGAUGGGAAACCCGCAGGACUGUUGAUUUAUUUCUUCAACUACACAACAUGGGCAGCUUCACCGGGAGUCUGCAUGGAGGAGCUCUAUGUCGUUCCCGAGUACAGGCGACAUGGCUACGCUCGAUUACUUGUCAAGGCUUUAGCCACUGCCGCUAAAGAGGCUGGCUGCGUUAAGAUGGAGUGGCUUUGUCUUGAAGACAACACAAAAGCUUUGAAGUUUUAUGAAAAGUUGGGAGCGGUGCAGAAGAAUGAUUGGACUGUGCUAAAGGUUGACGAGGAUGGUAUUGAUCGGUUGCUGCGGGAUGGUUGA